AACAUCAUUCGUAGCCUUGCACACGAGCGAGCAACUUAACUACAAAGUCAAAAAACGAAUUAAUAUCAACAAAGUAAAAUUCAUUACUGAAAAACGUAAAACCUUAAACAACGCAACAACAAAAAAUGUCUUACGCUAAACUCAAGAAUACUUGCAACGUCAGCACUUUGGUCGAGCAAAGUAACAAAAAACCGAACUACACACCAGGCAAGGCGUUGAAGCAGACAUUCAAGUUACUUAAAAGCAUUUUCAAGUCAACAACAGUCAGCAAAGCAGACAGCAACAACAAUGUGAAGCAGCAAAUCACAGUCACAAGACCACAAGUAGUAGCUGAGAUGCCGCAAGCAGCAAUCGAGCCACAGCAACAUCACGACGAAGUCGAACUGUCUGCACUCAACUCUAGCAUACUGACCACUUGCUCAACACUCAGCGCUGAGGAGUACGAGAACGAAUUGAAUGAGGUAGCUGAGUUGAUGACCGCAAACAAAUCCAUCAUUGCUGAGUAAACUGUUGACGAUCGCUACGAUACUUAACUGAUAUUCGUGGUUGUUGUUUCAUCCCACUGGCAAGCCGUCGGUGCCUUCUAGGACCUGGUUCGUCCUUAAACCACACCGCUUACAAUUCCACAACAAACGCUUUAUAUUCUCGAAGCUUUAAUAGUUUAUAUAUAGCUAAGCGUAAAUACAUAUAUGUGUGUGUGAUGCAGUCGAACUGCCAAGCUUUGUUCUCGAUGUGCCCUCGCCCUUAUAUGUUCUACUUGCUCACUCUAUGUUUGAGAGUGCGCAUGUAGACUGGCAAUUAACAUAAUAUCGAUGAACAUCUGAAAGCUUUAAUUGUAGUAUAUCAAUUGUCUUCCAAAUAGUAUUAAGUCAAAAUAAGCGGAAAUGUAUGUAUUAUAGUUGAAAAGUCUUGAUAUAAAAUUUAAUUGUUAAACUGAAACUUGUUGAU